GGUGACCGAUCUAGAUCGCGAGCAACAUCGCUCUGCCGCCGUCGCUGGUGGCAAUAUAGUGGCAGUAUUUUCGACAACUUAUUAAACAUCUUACUCCAUUGUGGUGCUGGUGAUAAAAUACACACGUGCUGUAAUACAAUCGAACGAUGGCGACCAUCGAACAGCUAGGAUAUAGUGCAUUUUUUAUCGCAUUGACCUGCAUUUUUGCGAUCGUCGCGCGUAGGCUAAACGAACGGCUGUCGAAAGAUGGGCUGGUGAAGGAUUUAAUAUUUGAAGCGAUUGCAGCAGCGGAACUGUGCGGCUGUUGCUUCGAGUUGAUCAUUGUGGCGGACAACUUUGGCGUCGCAACGUAUGCCAUCUUCCUGUUCACACUCACCAUUUGGUGGGGCCGCAACUGGGGCUCGGCAACGGCCUGUCCCUACACCUAUAUGGAACAGAUAGUCGAAGGCGAAGUCAGCUUCAAGGAGGCUGCUCUCAAGAUAUGGGCUCAGCUGAUGGGCGGAUGCUGCAUAUUCCGCUACGUGCAGCUGUACUGGUGGCUAGAGCUUGCAGAAACACACGAAGGCCGUGCCUUUGAAGACUGCAAAGCUGAUCUUCAGGUGAACCUGUACCUUGGUGCGUUCAUUGAAGGAUUCGCCACGCUCUGCUGCCGGCUGGCGUCGAAGGUGAUCUCGGAAAAGGAUGCCCGGUUUGGCGCGUUUGUCGAUUCGUUCAUCGGCACCAGCCUAGUGGUUGCCGGUAAAGGGAAAUCCUACAAGAAUCCUAUCUUUAUAUUUGCAGCGUUCAACUACUCGGGCGGAUACUUCAACCCCGUGCUGGCCACCGCACUGAAGUGGGGCUGUGCCGGUAAUUCGGCGCUCGAGCACAUCAUCGUGUACUGGAUUGGGUCGUGCGUUGGUGCCGUCCUUUCGGUGCCACUGUUCAAAACGGCCACCUUCCGCAAUAUGUUCCUGGCGGACACGAAGACCAAGAGCGAGUAGACGAGCUCAGACAACUCUUCAAGAAUAUCUCCGAAACAAAACAAAAAAAACACGAAACUCUAGAUGUUAGCUCUAAAGGAUCUAGUCAACGAAUGAAGAAGGCACUCUGGCACAGGUGGUUUGAAGGUGGAUUGCUUUAUUCCUAACCGGUUACGUGCCCUUUCCUACCCACUAAAGCGAGAUCUAUCUAUAUUGUGUUGUGGAUGCAUUUCCGUCCCAGUCAGAAGAAUCGAACAGCUUUACGAUGUGAUACAGUAACGAGUCGGAAGUUUAAUUAUACCGGACAAAAUAAAUAUG